AUGGAAGAAGGAUCGCACAAAUCGAGGACGAUCGAAAAUCCCUUUGUAAAGCCCGAGAAUAAGAGAUGGAGUGUCUCGUUGCAUCGAUCCCUCGUUCGAAGCGUUUCACCUCCGCCGGCCAGGGCCAGGAAACGCCGUCGUGAAGGCCAAACGCCCCCGAGGGUCGCCGAUGAAGAUGAUACGAAGCCCGAAGAUCAGCCACAGAGCGAGUUGAAGGUCGAUAUCGCGGCUAUCGAGGCUGGAAAAGAGGAUGUUGAAGAUCACCUCGAGGUCUUCUCCGCGCGCCUCCGGGCUUCGACGCGGCCUGAGCUGCCGCAGGUCCCGCGGCUGGCUCAUUCGGCGUGGAGGGAUCUCUAUCAGAGGAACCAGCAUGAAGACGGCAGGCAUUUCGUCGUCCAUCAGCAUGAUCAUCCCAUUGCUGGCCCGCACUACGAUCUCAGGCUGCAGUUUUCACGGACCAGUUCGUUGAGCUUUGCCAUCAUGUAUGGCCUGCCAGGGAAUCCAAACAGCAAGCGACUGAGUAGAAAUGCUACCGAGACAAGAGUGCACAACGUAUGGAAUCACUUGAUUGAAUCUGCGUCUGCUGCAUCGGGCAGCAUGAUAAUCUGGGAUACUGGCGAGUACUCUGUGCUUCCAUAUUACGGCAAUGAUGCCCUACAAACAGACAAAUCCGAUGCAAGCCUUUCUCCAGAGGAGCAGCCUACAGAAAGUGAAAAGCUCCGAAGGGCAUUCCGUCAGGUAAAUGGCCAAAUAAUCUUCAUAAAUGGAAAGACAGCUGAAAACCCCAUCAAGAAGAAGAAGAAGAAGAAGAAGAGGGGCAGCGAAGAGCACGAAGAGAGGCCAUCUUCAGAUCAACCUUCAUCAAAUAUCUCGCCCUCGCAUUCUGACCAGGAAGACGAAACCAUACGCCAGACAAACGCGUAUAGAGGGGCGACGAAUUCAAUCUCUUCCAUCCACCAACGGACUUGGUACCUGACCUUGGACCGUGUCAAUUCGGGAUUUGAUAGGCGUGUAGACGGCACCCGAGCAGUGCACUGGACCAGAAAAGAAGAAACGAGCCCCGGAAACGGAGCCAGUCCCCUGGGAUUCGAGCCGUUCUUCGUCCGGGGACCAGACUUCGAGCGAAGUAUCCUCACCGGAAGACUGGGCAGCGAUGUUCUCCAUGAUGAGGCUGUUGUUGGCUUUCGCGGGAGGAAAGGAUGGCGCCCCGUUCUCGAAUAA